UGGUCCGACAGUCCUUGCAUUCGAUAUGCCCUGUUCCGCUUCCUCCGCUACGAGUACCUCGUCCACUGCCUUCUUCAACGUUUCCGAGCCUUGCUUGUGUGAGAUUUGGUGGACUCCAAUGUCGCUUUCGGGGGUAUUUGCCUCCUUCUCUCAAUCUGUCAUGUCUUAACAUCGAUGCCAUCAUCCGAUACCCUAUUGAUGAAGACUCAACAUGACUACGAAGUACGGGCCGUUACUAUCACGUUCCCCAGCUUGUUGGUCUGCACUCGAGUCUCAUCUGGUGUUGCAAACCUGAAUAACGGUCAAGCUCUUCGUCGACCACGGGCUAGACGAACCUUCGAGACAAGAUUCUAUGUGCCGAGAACUUGGAGGAAGCUGUAAUCUGCGAUGUGAAAUGACCCCAUCAUCCGGGGACUUGAGGCUGAAAACUUUGGGAAGGGGUCGGGUCAACACCACGUUGCCGGCCAAAGUUGGAUCAAGAGGCCAUGUCGACAAGAUUGCCAACGUCUGACACUAGGCUUGGCUUUUGCUCUUCUUCUUCCUGAGACACAGCCCAUCAAAAGCCUCAAGCUGCGUAGGAGGUUGGCGUUGUUACGAGUUUAGUCACCACUGGAGCUAGCCUCGUGAGGGUGGGAGACGCCAGAUCGAUCAAGCCACCACACCUCCUAGAUCCGAUCGCUAAUUUGAGACACCCUUUCAUCUUCGUCAAGUGCACAGCUGAGGCAUGAAGUGCAACAUGCUGCUGGGUUUCUGAUCCUAGAGGGGGGUUUGUGAUGGUCAGGCUAUGACGAUGACACCAUGUCUGGUGUGCUGUUUGGUCUUUAUAAGGUAUUCCAAGCACUCCUCCGUCACCCACUCUUCUCGUCACAUUUCAUCAGUCCUUUCAUCAAGCCUCUCGUUGUUGCAACAGGUUCUAAGAACCAUUUACAUUCUUUCCCUCGAAGCAAGUCUUCGUUUGCUUCUUUUAAGGCCGGUCCUACUUUUUCUACUGCUCUCAAUUGUCACUCUCUGAACCAGUUUUUCCACGAAUUCAACGCAUCUACGAAAGUCUAUAAAUCAAUCAGCAUGAAGUACCAAGUUGCGGUUGUUACCCUCGCCUUGGGCCUGUCCUCAGCAAGCCCUGUGGCCCACUACCACAAAGCGCGAGAAGUCCCCCAGGAACACUCGCACAAUAAAUUCCUGGACCUUGUCCGUGUAUCCUUGCAAAUCGACAACCCCUUGAACAUUCAAGACCCUGUCUUUGGUUUGCUUGGAGAUGCGGCUGCCGCAGCAGGCGCCGGCGAUGUGACUGAUCUCGCCUGUCUCCAGCAAGCCACUGCCGACCAGGCUUUCACCAAUGCCAAAGCCGCUGGUGAUCUGGCUGGUAUGGCUGGUGCCCUGGUCUAUCGAGCAGUGGAAAGAAACACCGCCAAAGUUGGUCAGGCCAGCGCCCUUUGCACAGAGACUGCUGCCAACCCCGAGAUCGCAGCUGUGUCGCAGCAUCAAGAUCCUGCCUCAGCCGGCGCUGCGGAUACCAACAAGGGCAUCACCCUGGCUCUGGCUCAACAAUUAGCUGGCAUCGGUGCCGAUCCACUACUCGCCCUUGAGAGUGGCACUUUCGCUCCAGGCGACGUCAAUGACCCUACUGGAGCGGGCAACACAUGUGACACAGUAGACGAUGAGCCAGGCUGUAUCUUGAGCGAGAACCUCCUUGUGCUCGACGCCACGCCAGACGAAAUCAGCUCGGCAGUCCAAGGCAUUACCCCAACUUUCACUGGUACCGGCGGCAUCAGCGCGACCGAUGUCGACUUCGCAGCUCUUACAGUUGCUUCUGCCACCGCUGCCGCUGUCGCUGUCGCAGCUUCUGACUCUAUUGCCGUCACUACUGCCGCUGCAGUCGCAGCCGUUGCCACAGACGCUGCCGUUGCAAGCGAAUGCUCAGUCGUCGACACAGCUACAGCCACCGCCGCUCCAGCAGACGUUGCCACGGACGCAGCCACCGCCUCGUGCACCGUGAUCACGACCACUAUUGCCGCCGCUAACGUCGUCUCUACCACUCUCAACACGGCCGCUGCCAUCGCGACCGCUGCAUCCGGCACCAACGUGCAGACCUUUACCGGCACUGUCGGCGGGCCACCACCACCAGUCAUCUCCAGCUCGGGCGCCCGCCCCUUCUCAGUUAAGGGCGACACCUUCGUCAACAUUGGCGCUGCCCUCCAACGAUCCUGCGCGGUGCAGCACAACGCAUGCGCCAAUGCCGCCAAUUCCGGCGCCCUGGCCGGCGGCGUCGGCCAAUGCGAAACACAAGAAACAGCAUGCAACGCCGCUGGUGGUGGAACGAAGAAGAUGAAACGCGCGGCCGGAGACUUCGGCACCUGCGCUGACCCGACCAUCUUGUUCGAGGAUAACCUGGACGGCCGAGACACUGCCGCCUUCAUCGCCGCCGAUCAAACAGACUUCAACCACGGCUCUGCCCUAAACAUUGGCGUCGUCGCCGGCUUCAUUUGUCAGCGUCUCGGCUCGACCUGUGACGCCCCAGCUGACGUCCAGGCCUCGUGUACCAGUGCCUCGGCCGCUGCGGUGGCCACGACCCAGGAUCAGGCUGCUGCUGAUGCGUUCAACAGCAUCAUCGGCGCCGCUGGGGCGGGUGCAGUAGAUGCCGGUGCAGUGACCACAGCCGCUGCCGCUGCCGCUACUGCUACCGCCGCCGCCGGCGGCAUCGUCAUGACUAUUACUUCUUGUGCUUAG